AUGGAGACGGACUGUAACCCGAGGGAGCUGAGCAGCGUGCCGGGGCUGGAAGGCGACUCGACGCUCAAUGGUGUGGAGGGGACUGACAUGAAGGACAUGCGGCUCGAGGCAGAAGCCGUAGUCAGUGAUGUCCUCUUCGCUGUCAACAGCAUGUUGGUGUCGCAGAGCCUGCGCUGUGCGGACGAUGUGGCCUACAUCAACGUGGAGACCAGAGAAGGGAGCAGAUACUGCCUGGAGCUCACCGAAGCAGGGCUGAGGGUGGUCGGUCACGCCUUUGACCAGGUGGACGAGGCCCUGCAGAUGCCCUACCACGAGACCGUCUACUCGCUGCUGGACACACUCAGCCCCGCAUACCGGGAGGCCUUUGGCAAUGCGCUGCUGCAGAGACUGGAAGCCUUGAAGCGGGAUGGGCAGUCCUGA